UGAAAAUAUAUUAACCAUAUAAAAUAUCUUAAAAAUGCCGUGCAGCAUGCGGAAUACGAAUCUAUUAGCCCGCCGAAAAGGGCAUAGCGGUACUCCAGCAGUGAAACCAGUGCGUCUUAGGGACCCCAAUCGCCAUGCACUGCUCAGAUAUGGGUAUAUUGACGACGACUGGACACCCCAAUCGUUAACGGAGCGAUUGAGCUAUGUAAAUAAACUGCUAGCCAUUCACACCGUCUACAAGAAGCAUGAGUUCGAGAACAGAGUCAAAACUCUCCGUAGUAAAACAGAGCGCUUGAAGGAAGAUUGCCGGCAAGGGCACAUUAAGCUGAAAAAUUUAUCGGGCGACGACACGUCCCAUGCGAUCCGAAUCAUGCUGAAUAAUCACAGCAGUAUGCAGCGUCUCUACAAAAAGAUGCCCAUACAUCUGGUCGUGGAAAAUAUCACUCAAUGCACAUUUGCCAUGCGCAAGGAGCGUGAUCGUCUACAGUGUCGCUUGGAGCAGUUGAAGCUCAAAUUGCAACAGUUACAGAACGAAUGUUUAACUCUUGAACAUCGCAUCAAAAACGAGAGCCAGUUAGGUGCAGAGGAGAGAUUGAAAACGAACAUUUUACUCAAGAAAAUCGAAAACUCAAAGGUGCGGUUCAUGGCGGUGAAGACGAUAAAUACAACGUACAAGAAAAUGACUCAAGUCCUAGGGGCCGAUGCAAUAUUUUAUGAGCCCAUUUUGCGUUCCCUCGAUGAUGACAUUGAGGAUCAGUCGAAAAUGAUUGACUAUAUUGUUGACCUGGGCUUUCCUGCCGUAGGCAGGCUUAGGCGGCUCGAGCACCAGUUUCAGCAGAUGGAACAGGCGCGACAAGGGUUUUUGGCCGAGCACCCUAUUUUUAAGCCCCCUGUGACCAAGGACGUGCCACAAACUGAGCAUGUUCUGGAGUAUCCUCGCUAUUUCCGUGAAACGGAAAGCAUGUUGGUACUGAAGAAGGAAGCGGAGACCAUCGCGAAGACCAUUAAGAAAUUGAAAUACACUACAACUUGUUCACAAGCAAGAGAGAUCUGUUCACGCAACAAGAAUAUUAUAAAGAAUACCAGAGACAUAAAGCACCAGAUCGAUAAAGAUAAUAUAAAUCGUAAAAUGAUCGAAAAAAAACUAUGCUAUACGGGCUUGCUGCGAAGUGCCUUAGUGAACAACCUAACCGACGAGGAAGUAAAGCGACUGGAGUACAUUGAUUUGCUGAGAAGUACACUGAAUACGGAAAAGAACAUUGAGAACAAUACGAAGGAGCAUUUGCAGAAUCGCGCCAAAGCUUACGUGAUGUUACGCCUUUGCCUUUGGAAUCUGGUAGAGACUCUGAGAUCCAUUGAUCGCGGCCCUUAUACGUUUCGCCAUAAAUUUUUACGAUCUUCAUAUUUGAAAUUGCCGCUACUCAAUUUCGAUUUUUUCGACAUUUAUUCGAUACCACCAAAUAUUUACGAGGAAGACAUUAAUAAGAUCAUGCGUCUGGUCAAGCGCAAGCUUUACAAGCUGAUGCUUAGCUAUGCCGCGAUUCCUGAUUCGCAUCAGAAGACAAGCAUAUUAGUUGACGACUAUCAUCAAAGAUUCCUGACUGAAUAUCGUUCCAAUGCUGAAAAGCGAAAAAGCCUAGAAUAUGACGGUGCGAUUAGCACUGACGAGGAAAGGGCCAACGUCGGUGUUCCGACGCGGAAGCAGAUUAAGUCUUCGAGUGCCAAACUUCUGGAGGAAAUCCAUAAUGCUUACUACUAAAACGUAUAUAGAGAAAUGUGUAUGGCUGCAUCUAUAUAACAUAUA